AUGUAUGGGUAUUUAGCAGAAAGGAGGCUUGAUAUUAAUCUUGAUCCGCAACAAAUUGUCGGACGCCAUCAACCAAAAUGGAUGCGAUACAAAGCUAGAAAGAAGCAUCCUUAUUUGUACCAGAUUGUAGUUUUUGGAGUAGAAGUAGUGGGUGAUGAACCCCCGUUGUCAUUGAACACCAUGACAUUGGGAUGCUCACUUGCUUCAAUUGAUAAAAGUGAGACUCAGAAUCCCGGCUCCGCCGCUGCUUAUGUAAUUGGUUAUUGUUGUAGCUGUUCCAGGGUGCAGAACUUUAUUGUUGAUGGUGAUGGCACUUUGUCAAGGCCUACACCUUUGUUGCUGUUUGGUGGAGUUCGUGAUAAUUCUUCUCAGCUUAAGUUGCGAAGUAAUGUCAGAUAUCUUUCAUCUGCAGACCUUCCUUCACAUACAGUUAUCGGAAUGCCAGCUUUAUCUCCUACAAUGACUCAAGGUAAUAUUGCUAAGUGGAGGAAGAAAGAAGGAGAUAAGGUCAGUUGUAUUGAAAGUUGGUUUCUGGCUAAAAUAAUGGUACCUGAGGGUUCAAAAGAUGUACCUGUGGGACAGCCAAUUGCAAUUACGGUUGAGGAAGCUGAGGAUAUACAAAAAGUCCCUGCUACUGUUGCUGGUGAAUCAGAGGUUGAAGAGAAAAAAUUGUCUCAGCAAAAUGUUGGAAAUGAGGACUGGGAGCAAGAAACAAGUUCUGUGAAGAUUAGUGCAUCUGAGCUUCCUCCUCAUGUUGUUCUUGAAAUGCCAGCAUUAUCUCCAACCAUGAACCAGGGUAACAUUGCUAAGUGGAGGAAAAAGGAAGGUGAUAAGAUUCAGGUUGGUGAUGUGAUCUGUGAGAUAGAGACAGACAAAGCUACCCUAGAAUUUGAAUGUCUUGAAGAGGGGUUCCUUGCCAAGAUACUGGCACCGGAAGGCUCAAAAGACAUGGCCAUGGGACAACCAAUUGCAAUAACAGUUGAGGAGCCAAAUGAUUUGGAAACUGUGAAGACAUCUUUUAGUGGCAAUUGGAUGGGAAAAGAGGAAAAGCCAACCCAUCACGAGGCAAAACAUGAAGGGAGAACACAGAAAAUUAGUUUCACUAGGAUUAGUCCAUCAGCAAAGUUGCUAAUUUUAGAACAUGGAUUGGAUGCAUCAUCAUUUACAGCGUCAGGUCCUCGUGGCACUCUCACAAAAGGGGAUGUUUUAGCUGCAAUAAAGUCUGGCAAAUCAUCUCCAAAGAUAUCUUCAUCGCUGGAGAAGAUGCCUCCAUCACCUCAAAUCCAACCACAAACAUCUUCAGAAUCGGCAGGAUUGAGAUCUCAAGAUUCUUAUGAAGAUUUGCCUAAUAGUCAAAAUCGGAAGGUUCCAGUGCUUGGUGCAAUGGCAAAAUGUCGGGUUUCAAAGCAUGAGAAAGUGGGUAUGAAAAUUAGGGCAGCCACUUUGCAAAUAAUGGCAAAGGCUUGGUGCAAUAGGUUUGGUGGGAGUUGGGACCAGGAAUAG